GCGGCUGAGUGAGUGGGCGGGGGCGGCCCGGGCGCUGAGAUCACCGGGGGUAUAAAAGCAGCGGAGCUGGGCGCGGCUGGGCUUAGUCGGGGCGGCUGGUCCGAGGCGGCGGCGGCGGAACAAAGGCGCAGCCCCAAAAGGCGGCGGAGCAGCAGCAGCAGCAGGCGGCGCGGGGGUGGGAAGACCCGAGCGCAGCCCCCCUCCCCGCCCCCAAGUCUCCGGUCGGUGCAAAGGGCCCCGGCCGCGUGCAAACAGCCCGAUCCGUGCAGGAGCGAGCCGGGCCGCAGCCCCCGCCCCCGCCGGGCAUGGAGGUGCAGAAGGAAGCCCAGCGCAUCAUGACGCUGUCGGUGUGGAAGAUGUACAACUCCCGCCUGCAGCGCGGCGGGCUGCGGCUGCACCGGAGCCUGCAGCUCUCGCUGGUCAUGCGGAGCGCGCGGGAGGUUUAUCUCUCGGCCAAGCUGGAGGAGGACGAGGAGGGGCGCCUGGGGCCGCAGCCCGGCCUGGGGGAGGAAGGCGCCGGCCAGACCCCGCUGCAGCCCGCCGCCUGCCCCGGCCCCCUGGCGCCGGAGGAGCGGGCAGCCCCCGCGGACCGUGGAAACGCCCCGGGCGCAGGCGAUCCGGAGCCCAUGGAGACGCAGGACAGCGGCGGGGACUUGCCCCCGGCGACUCCAGCGCCCGGGGCCGGUAGGCGGCCGGCGCGGGGGGGCUCGUUGCCACCCCCGGGCAAAGCCAACAGGAAACGGCGGAGCAGCAGCUUGGACAAGCCGGGGGCCGCCGAGGCCGGGCUGGUGCCCACCAAGAAGGCCCGGCUGGAGGCGGAGGAGGAGGAGGGCGAGCGGCAGCCCCAGGGACAGGACGGCCCCUUCCCCAGCCUGGCCAAAGUCCUGCAGACCCGCUUCUCCGGGAUGCUGCGGGGCGGCCCCGCCAAGGGGCCCGAGCCCACGCCGGGCUGCCGGCCCGGGGACGGGGUGCUCAGCAUACUGGUCCGAGCCGUGGUGGCCUUUUAAAUCCCCGUCCCCGCCGCUCGGGGGGACUCGUGGCGGGGGGCCCUGCCCCGCGGCGCGCAGCGGCUCGCUCGGCUCCUGGCGGGAGCCAUGGGGCAGGGCGGGGGUCGCAGCCCCCCUCUCCCUGGCGGAGGGGGGGCGGGAGCCGGCCGUGCCUCCCGGGGGCGGGAGAGAGACACGCGAAGGCCGGGGCUGGAUUGAGAGGGCAGCGGAAGGAAGAUCGGACUUUCCCCUCCCCACCCUGCUGGGUCCAGGGGGGAGGCGAGGCCAAAGGCUCGUGGGGACCGAGAGACGCCGCCGCUUGGGGGGGGGGGACGGACUUUGGCCCAACUUCAGGAUGGGGAAGAGACUCGCACGCCGGGCCGAGCUUUUCCUGCCCGCUCCUCGCCGAGAGAUGGUUUAUUUUUGUGCAGAGAAAUGCUAUGGCCGGACCUGGGAUCCACUGGUGCUAUUCCACAACCCAUAAACUGCAGGGGGGGUUGUGUGGGUUUUUUUUGUAACUUGAAACUGUGGUGUUCUGUGUCCUUGUGAUGGCAGAACGUUUGCUGGGGGGGGGGGGGGGGCAGACCUGGCGGCCAGAUGCGGGCUGAAGGGGCGUCAGAGAGAGCGAACAGUCCUGAGAAAUAGUCCAGAAAGGGAGGCUCUAGCCCUCCCCUCCUGCGCCUGGCUCUCCAGCACCCGCAGAAGUGGGGUGAUGGGGGAAGAUGGGUGCCCGACUUACUAGCUUGCUUUCCUCAGGGGCACUUCUUCAGACAGGUGUUUUUUGUGUGUUUUGUUUUCAAGAGGCCUUUUUUCUUUAACCAACGAAAAGCUCAACCCAGGAUUCAUUAAGGAAACUUUCCCCCACUUCCAGCCAGGCCUGCCCGUUAUGACACACCGCUCAUAUGACCAGUCAUUGCAUCACACCCCGUCUAGAAGGGCAGCAGGGAAUUUCCUGCUCAGACCGCCCGUAGAUUUGUGUGUGUGUGGAGCUGGUUUUUCAGGGUGUGGGUGGGGUGUGUGUCAGCCUGACUCAUUUAACCCUCCAAAGGAGAACUGAGAGGAGGCUGCCUUCUGCUGCCUGCUCUUCAAAAUCAAAUAAAAGUUGUUGGUUCUUUAAAAAAAAAAAAUACAAAAGUCAGACUCCGGAGGGUUUUUUAUUUCCUCUUCAGUUUGGGAGAGGUGGAGGGAAGUUUCUUUUACUCAGAGUUUUGAGGUAUUUGAACUAACCAGUUUCAGUGUAAAAUAUGAUUAUUACAUUUGGUCUGAAUUGCUGAGCGUGUUUGAGAAGGGGAGAAAUCCUGGUCACCCACCGUCACCCUGGAAUUUUCGAAGGAAAAUUAUUACAUGUUCAAAUCCCCCUGUGAAACUCUGAGAAUCAGCCAUCUCUUUCUGUUGUCAUGGCUCGUGGGUCUGAGAACUUACCCCCUCCCCAUGCCACUGUCUUGUUUCAAAUCAAAUACCCCUCGAGUUCUCUUCGAGAGACGUAUCAGUCUGUGUUUGUGAAUGUCGUCAUGGCUUUACCUAGACCCAUGAACAAAAAUCAUUCUUUGGUUCCUGAAUUUGCUAGUUGCUCGCAGAGGACACUAGGGAAUUGAUUAAAAAAAACAGGAAACCCCCCUAAACAGUUGAGACAUUUCUUAAAUGUGACCCAUGUGUCCUGAAUGCUUGUAAUUUAUAUCUGUAGUUCCAUUUUUUUAUUGUCUUGGGGGGGGGGACAUGGACUGGGCUUUCCUCCUCUGUGGUGUUAAUUUUUUUUGUUAAAUAAAAACCAUUUGUGAAACUGG